AUGCGCUACUGCAAACUGCGGAAGAAGUCUCAAGGACUUCGCGAAGUUUACGAAAAGCAACAGUCAUUGAACCAAGCCGGUGGCAAACUCACCACCCAUGAGAUACUUGCGAUUGGAUUUGGAAACUGCCAAAGGCGCACCUUCUUGGCAGAGCGGUAUGAUGUUUCGAGGAUCACAAUUAGGCGGGCCCUUGCGUUUGCUGCAUCGACGGUGCUUGAAGUACAAUUGAAGCUGUUGCAUCAUUUUUGGGACGCAGCUUGCACCAGCACACCUGAGAUUGCAGUUGCUUCUCUUGCCUGGGAUGAACCUCUCAGAUGUUGUCCUUGGACUCGAAUGUGUGAGCAAUUACAAGAAGGCCGAAGAUUCUCCCAAGAGCUCAUUAGCUAUUUGACUGACAAUUUGCGGCGCAGCUCCCGUGAAAUGAGCUCACGUAGUGGAGGACUUUUGGGAUGGCAACGUGCUGCAAAUGACAUCAAGGUGUGCUUCGAGAGGAUUCUGAAUGGACCGUAUUCGGAUCGCACACGCCUGGUACACUGUUGCAUAAAUGGAUGUUGCAAUGACAGGGAGGAGGCAGAAGCCAAGGCGCUGUGGGGAAUUAUGAGGGUGCUCCUCCGAACCGUCCCUGUAACCCCUUUGCUUUCUGAUUGGGUGCGGCUUGGGCCUAAUCUCGACUUUUUCUUGGCGGCCGAAUUCCAGGGCAUCUUGAGCACCCUUCUUGAGAACGCUGAAUGGGCGAUGGAGCUACCCCAGCAAGAUGUUUCUGGAGAGACUGUGUUUAUUGAAUGGCGAAAGUUGGCUGGGAGCCGAUACCACCGCGCGCGUAAAGUUUUGGCUUGCUCUGAGGAACGCUUUCAGCGUACAUUGCUUGCAAUUGCUAUUGAGCCACUGAGACACCUGCAUUCUUUGUUUCUUAAAUUUGCUCAUACGGCCCCAAACGACCAAGAGUGGCCAAACCUGCUUUCAGAGGUGUGGGCACCAGCAAGCCGCUUCAUUGCGGUGCUUCAGUAUUUCAGUACACUGGUGGCUGGGACUUGCACUCGAUUGAGGCUGAUCUGGCAAUUGGAGGGGUGCCUGACCAUGUCAGACUGGAUUGAUCAACAUCCACAGCAGGCUCGCCAGGCAAGACACCUUUUCUUGCUUCUUGCUGGAAGUGUUCACAGGAGAUAUGUAGCAACAUUGGACAAAUACCCUUUCAAGUUGUAUGCUGUGGCCGAUGCCCGACGAUGUGACCACGGGGCAAUCAUCGACAAGUUCUACAAGACAUUGCCUUGUUGCCUCCCGCCGGGAACUGCCCGAGAGCUCAGGCAAUAUGUGAGCAGCAAGGAUGAUUUCAUGCAGCUAUUGCCACAGUUUCGAUGGUUUGCACUGCUGGCAUCUUUUGUCACAAAGCUGACCAUUGCUGGGAUUGAGAGACGCCAUGCUACGCAUAAACAACAAGCCAACAAGGGAAUGCCUUUUGGAAUGUUUUCGGCUGGCAGUGUUCUUGCUGAGUGCAGGCUCCAAAGCACAGCUACGGAAAGGUUGCGGCAAGAGCAGCUAAAGCAUCUCCAGGAGGAAGGGCUCGUUGAUAAGGGAUCUGACACUGUAUCCGCUGACCGUCCUGCAAGUAGACGUCAGAAACGUGUGAAUCCUGGAGGCCGGCUUAUUCGCGCGCAAUCGGCACAGGAGCUCUUCAAGUGGGAUUGGCUCCAAUCGGAGAAGCUUCUGGGCAGAUGUUGGAAUCCAGCUUCGAAAGAGGCGCAUGCUGCAUGCAAAGAUGCUUUUGCCAGUUUGCCUCCGGGGCAGAAGAAGGCACUGGAAAAUAGAGCACAAGCUAGCAAGCUCGAAGCUGCUGUGAACAGGAAGAUUUUGGAUAGUAGGCAGUCGAAGGAUUCCAGCGUGAAGGAAUCACAUCCUUCCAAUAAUCAACCCCAUGGUACAGCUGAAGGUGAAGCUAUGCAUGCUGGUGUGGCUGCGGCAAAGACUGAUGCAAAUGCAGAUGCAUUGGAGAUCAUGAUCCGAGAGGAUGCACAAUCUCAUGACGCGCCGCCAUUCCCCGAGCAUUUUGCUUGCCAGAGUUUGCUUGUCCCACUGGAGCAGCAAGCCAGGUCUGGAGUGUCAGCCGCUGUGUCAAAGCAAAAAUACCCGAUAAAACCUGAAGACAUUUCUGCCCGGGCCAAAGUUGCAGGUGGCAUUCGUGGGGCUAUCGGCAAAUUUGCCAAGGAGGCGUCGACAAUUGCUGCCGGUGAUAUGGUCCCCGACAAGGUACUUUAUCCUGGUUGUUGCGGGGCCUUGUGCCGCAUGCAAAGCACACAACGAACUCUGAAGCUGCACAAAGGCAUCGUGGACAAUUUGCUGUUGAAGAUGUUGCUGGUGCAAGCGCAAUCAAAGUUACUUUCUUUGCCAUUGUGCAUGCGAGUGGACGCCAAGCACAUCACGUUGGUGUGUAUGUCGGAGGAUGAAUUUGCUGCAUCCAUGUGCUUUGUAGACAAUGUGCCGAUGGACAAGGUCCGCUUGGUUUUGUUAACCUGGAAAUUCCAUUGGGUUGGAGAGCCACGCCUUGACACAUAUGAAAUCACAGGGACGGGACAUGCGUUUGAGGCUCAGGCCAGCUUGAUUCCAAGAGCUCCUGGUCGUCGAGAAGCAGUUCUCGCUCUUGAUGAUAUUGGCGGUGAUGACUUGUUGGAAGAUCUUGUGACACGUCGCCGUGUGCGGCGCUCUGGCCAUGCAGGGCCUGCGCACCAUGAGCGCCAAAUGUUUGUGGAAGAAGAGUCCAACCCAAUUGACCAGCUGAUCCGGGAUGCUCAAGAUCCCCAGGAUGUGAUUGCUCAGCCUUUGCCAGAAGAGAAUUCGGACAGUGGUUCGGAGGUGCAAGAGGCCGAGCUCAUUUACGACAAGGGUGGUUGGGAUUUCUGUGCAUUGGCAAGCGACGCUCCAGUGGAGGGGUCUGAGCGACAAGCGGAAGUUGCACGCCUCUUGGGGCAUUCUCCAACCUACGCAGAUGUGGAGAAAGACUUGAAGCAAUGGUUGGCCAAGGGUUUGGAGGUAGAUGCCCCGGGCCACUCCGAAUCCAGCUUGCAGCUGAGAUCGGUGAAGUGGCGCAUGAAGAUCCGUCAGCGCCAGGACGUGCCUGCCAUCACAUCAGAGCCAUCGGCAUCGACCGGAAGUCGAUUGAGCACUGUGAAGUCGGAGCCAGUCUCGCCUGCUCACAGCAAGAUCUUCAACACUCCGUCUCCCAGCUCAGGCUCAGAUGAGAACAGCCUGCCUGCCCCUGACAGGCAGGAUGAAACUUCAGGUUCAGGUCCCCAUGAUGGUCAUAAAGCUCCUUCAGAGCCCGCAAAGGACACUGCUGAGGAAACUUCAGGGCCAGUUGCUGAAGACCCAGCGCUGGAAUAUGUGAAAGCCUAUGUGCCCAGGCCAAAUUGUGCAGCCUCAAACAAACCCUACUCUCAGAAGAGCGCUUCGUUUGUGAAGAACGGGGACGAGCAGUUGGCAGAAUUUAUUUUGGAAGCUUUGCGCCGUCUAGAUGAUGGGACAAAGGCUGAUACGCUGAUGUCCGGUGUUGAAGACUUUGAGAUAGGGACCGCAUGCAGCGGUACAGAUGUCGCGGUGCUAGUGGUGAAGGCAUUUUCCCGAGCCUGGCACAAAUUUGCUGCCAAGCGCAUGCCUGAAGUUUACCACCGCUUCUCGUGUGAAUCCGAUGAGAAGAAACAACAAUUUCUUCUGAAAAUGUUCAGGGACACCGAGGAUCGAGGUGACCUGGAUGUGCUGCUCAGGAACACCAUCGAUCUGACUUGUGGGGAAGAGGAAUCCGUGCACAACAUGGUCACAAACAGCCAGCUCAACGGUGUACCCGUUUGCACUGACUUGAUGGUGGGUUUCCCGUCAGCAAGCUGA